AUUCCCUCUCUCUCUUAUUUUUCUCCGAUUUUCUCGCUAUUUUCUAUUGGAAAAUCUCUGCCCUAUAAUGAAAAAAUCCCUCCUUGCCUUCUGACAUUUCUCCCCUCAAAUCUUUGUUUUUUCCUUCUUCUUCUGCGUCUUCUCCGCUCUCUCUCUGUCUCUCCCUGUUUGAAUUUUGGAACCAGGUGAGGAGGGGCGGAAUGGGUGUGAUUUGCGCUGUGGGUGUGGGGAUUGGUGAGUUGUGGUUUCGUUGUGGUUUCGUUGCUCUGGUGUUUAGCUGAGGAGGAAGGGAGUAAGGAGGCGGGAGAGAGGAAGAAAAGGCGGUUUCUUUCUUCGUUUCCCUUUCUUUGGGUUUUCCCCCUUCCGUUUUUGUUGGUGGUGGGGAGAUCCUGCCCCUUCUGCCUUUUAGGAUGAGCGCCUCGAGGUUCAUAAAGUGCGUUACCGUGGGCGAUGGAGCUGUGGGGAAAACCUGCAUGCUGAUUUCUUACACCAGCAACACGUUUCCAACGGAUUACGUGCCCACUGUGUUUGACAACUUCAGUGCCAACGUUGUAGUGGAUGGGAACACGGUUAAUCUUGGGUUGUGGGACACAGCAGGGCAAGAGGACUACAAUCGGUUGAGACCUUUGAGUUAUCGAGGAGCAGAUGUUUUUCUUUUGGCGUUCUCCCUCAUUAGCAAAGCAAGCUAUGAAAACGUUUCCAAGAAGUGGAUUCCUGAACUAAGGCAUUAUGCUCCUGGAGUUCCUAUCAUUCUUGUUGGAACAAAGCUUGAUCUUCGAGAUGAUAAGCAGUUCUUUAUUGAUCAUCCUGGUGCGGUUCCAAUUACUACUGCUCAGGGAGAAGAGCUGAGGAAGUUGAUCGGAGCACCUGCUUACAUAGAAUGUAGUUCAAAAACUCAGCAGAAUGUUAAGGCGGUCUUUGAUGCUGCUAUCAAGGUGGUGCUUCAGCCCCCAAAACAGAAAAAGAAGAAGAAGAGAAAGGGACAGAAACAGCAGGUCUGUUCCAUCUUGUGAUCAAGAUAUGUCGAAGUGGAUGGACCGAACCAACCAUUAAUCCUCAGACUCCCUUCUCAAGAUUCUGAGGAACCAGGUCUUGGUGUAUAGUCGACUGACACUACUAGAGCUUUGAAGUCAUCAGGUGAUUUGUUUCUCCGAGUCUUUGGUGAUGUCAUGGUGCAACUCACAUGUGGUCGCGGGUCGCCAUCUGGGUUUAGCUUCUGGUCAUUGACAGACGUAAAAGAUCCCAUUGGAACUGUUUUUCCAGCAUAUGGACAUGUUAUAUUCAUAUUCUGUAUCUUUAUUUAGACAACUGCAAGGUUUGACAUCUUCUGGCAACAGCUUUGUUCAGAUAAAUCACUUGGUAGUUUUUUAUUUGAUAGUGGUUUGUUUCUUGCUUA